GCAGCCUAAUAAAAAUGUGUACAUUCCUCCAUUUUCUGUGUGUGUUUGUGUAUAUAACACCAUUCCAUACAAUGAAAUGAAAUUGUCCCAGUUUCUCUUAUCACAUGCAUUAAAUGAAAAACAUAAAAAACAUAUCAUAUAACAUAAAUACAUCUGUUCUUUAAUAAUACAAAAAAAUCGUAAAUAAAUUGUUAGCUGCCAGUCUGCGGUGCUUUCAUACUUCUCCAACUUACCGUUACAAAAAUGAAUCAAACAGAGACGGAGAUGCAGAGCAGAUGAACUAGUUUUAAUGACUUCUUCAUAUGUGGAAUGACACCUACUGCCUACGGGUACCUAAAAGGGACAAUUAAUACAUGACAUGGCCAUGUUAACAUCCAUGCACAUGCGCAUUAAAAAUGAGCUGUAGAUCAGGAACUGACAAACUGCAUUACUGUCUCCCUCAAGGGCAGGAAAUGAGCAUUACACCAUCUCAACAUUGUCUAUUUUCUGCUGCUGUGUUAAGAACUGAUUUACACUAAUAGUUUGUGACAGACACCUUCCCUUAUAAUCCACACACACACACUAAUGAAGUCUCAGUUUAGUUUAACACAUGGAUUUGGCACCAGUCUCUUCACUUACAACCUGUCGGAGAGAGAGAAAGAGAGAGAGAGAGAAGAAACGGUCAGAAAAAGAAAUCAAACAGGGCAGUGAUGGAUAUCGGGGGUUUGGAGACGGUGGUGGCGAACUCGGUGUAUGUCUCAGCUCGUGGCAGUUUAGAUGUUUUGGCUGCUGCAGCAAUGCGAGAUAAGAAAUAUCGAGCUAAACUGAAUCUUCCACACAUCCGAGAGUGUGAGCACAUGAAGGCCACAGUCGACUCUGCCUUUGACAGCAUGUGUGUUCGCCAGCCAAUUGGAAGGUGGCUCUUCCAGCAGUUCCUCUCCAGUGACCUCACUCACAGAGCCGCCGGAGAGUUCUGGAAGGACGUGGAGGACUACAACACAGUGCUGGAGAAAGACCGUGUCCAGAAAGCACAGAAGAUCAUUAACCAGUACUUUGACAUAAGCUCUAAAGACUUCUGCAGCUUCCUGGAGGAGAAGACAGUGGUCCGUGUGAAGGAAGACUACCGUAACACCAGAAGUGAUCUUUUCACGGAGAGCGAGCAGCAGCUGCUGAAACAUCUGGAGGCCAGCGCACUGGGUGGGUUUAAAUCCAGCCCCUACUUUCUGCGCUAUGUCCAGUUUAAGUGGCUGGAAGGACAGGCAGUGACAGAGGACUGGUUCAUGGAGUUCCGUGUCCUUGGGAAGGGUGGCUUCGGUGAGGUGCAUGCCUGCCAGAUGAAGGCCACUGGAAAGAUGUAUGCCAACAAGAAGCUGAACAAGAAACGGCUGAAGAAGCGCAAAGGCUAUGAUAGUGUGAUGGUGGAAAAGAGAAUCCUGGCAAAAGUGCACAGUCGCUUCAUCGUCUCUCUCGCGUACGCUUUCCAAACCAAAAGCGACCUCUGUCUCGUCAUGACUAUCAUGAAUGGAGGAGAUCUCAGGUAUCACAUGUAUAAUGUAGAUGAGAAGAAUCUGGGCUUUAGUGAAGUGCGAGCGAGUUUCUAUUGCGCUCAGAUCAUCUGUGGAUUAGAACAUUUACACCAACACAGAAUCAUCUAUAGAGACCUGAAACCUGAGAAUGUUCUCCUCGAUGAUGCAGGUCAUGUUCGACUGUCUGAUCUCGGGUUGGCUGUUGAACUUCCUCCAGGAAAAGACAAAACUAAAGGAUAUGCAGGAACACCAGGGUUUAUGGCUCCCGAGCUGCUGCAGGAUAAAGAAUAUAACUACACUGUGGAUUAUUUCACUCUCGGAGUGACGCUGUAUGAGAUGGUGGCAGCUAAAGGACCAUUCAGAGUCAGAGGAGAACAGGUGGAUAUCAGUGAGGUGACGAGGCGGAUCCUGAGUGACCCCCCUUGUUACCCCCCCACCUUCAGUAAUGAGCUGAAGCAGCUGUGUGAUGGACUGAUGGAGAAGGAUCCAGAAAAACGCCUGGGCUUUAAAAACAACCAGUGUUUGGAGCUGAAAAAUCAACCAUUCUUCAGAGAACUGAACUGGGGUCAGCUGGAGGCAGGUCUUCUUCCUCCUCCAUUUGUUCCUGAUCCUAGGAUGGUUUAUGCGAAGAACAUUGAUGAUGUGGGUGUCUUCAGUACGGUUAAGGGUGUAGUGUAUGAUGCUAAAGAUAAUGAGUUUUAUAAUGAGUUUGCAUCAGGAACCAUUCCGAUUCCAUGGCAGGAAGAGAUGAUAGAGACCGGAGUGUUUGCAGAGCUGAAUGUAUGGGGUGACAAUGGGAAACUCCCCAAUGACCUUGACCUCAACUAUGUCCAGAGCAAAGGAGGCGGGUGUGUUAUGCUGUAGACAGACAGAGAGAGAUGGAGGGAGAGAGAGAGAGAGAGAGAGAGAAGAUUCACCAAAUAAAUCCAAGAAAUAGGCAAGAAACACUGACUUCACACACAUCACUCAGUGUCACACCUGCUGCAUUAAUGUUAUAUUUUCAUUUAUCUGUUUACAUGUAAAGGUUUUAUAGACAUACAGAGGAAUAAAAUAAACAAUAAAAAUAAAAUACUGUUUAAUGAUGAAUAAAUAGCAGAAA